CUAAGCUGCAGCCUGCGGGCUCUCCUCCCAUAUCGGCCCAGUAAGCAGGGUGGAAGCUGGCUUCCUUUCCAGCUUGCCUAGGCUUGGUUCCAGCAGCACCGCUGUUUCUCCCAGCCCUAGGUGCUCGCCUUCCCUCCUCCCUUAGCAACUGGGAGUCUGUGGACGCCAUCAAGUAGCAACCGGGAGGCUGCAGGGAGCCCGGGUGAGGAAGGGCGGAGCCCAGCCCAGGUGCCCCGAGUCCCCGCCACUGCAGCGCAAAGCCACCGCUAGCCGCAUCUGCACCUGCAGCGGGGUCCGAAAAGGAUUCUGCAAAAAUGAGCCAUUCUCACCCCGCUGGAUUACUUGCAACAUAUAAUAGCCUCACGGAUAAACACCUGGCUGGUUAUUUUAACAAUACCAGGAUCAGGCGGCAUCUCCUAAGAUCCGGGCUGAUCACGAGAAGUGGGAGGAUACUUUCUGAAAAGGAAUACAAAGUUAACAACAUGAAACAGGAUCACCAAAAAUACAUCCGAGAGUGCUUAGCCCGGGCCAUUUUCCACAAGGUCCUUGAUAUGGAGCGCUACCGCCAGCUGGAAAUAAAACGGAAGCUGGAUGACUUAGCUCGGAGAGAGCGUAUUCAGAGGUUGAAGGGAGAACACACAAGACGAUUUAUUGAAGAUAACAUGCCCAUUCUGACUCCCCAUCCCCCAGCCGGCCCAAAGACUAAUCGUGGCCAUAGCGUUCUGGCUGAGGAAGGACGUUCUAGUCCAUUAACACUGACAGCCCCUCGACCGUAUACUGCCCCGGGAAAUAUGCAGCCUCCGGUUCGUCUGCAGCCUCUUCUCAGUAGUCGCCUAACAAGGAAUGGUUCAAAGAUAACUUCAGGGUCCAAACCCAAAGCCUUAUUGCUGGAAAGCGAAGCUCCAUUUCCUCUUGCGGGCAAGAAGGCCAUGAUGAAAUUCAGGAACUACAUGGACAAUUCCCAGAAGGAGGAUCUCUACCAACUUCCACACAUUAACAGUUACCAGAUACCUGUUCCCCCGACACCCCAGCCCCAAGCAAAGAGCUUUAGGGAGAACAGGUUGGAGGCUUGGAGGAGGAAGAGACUGCGUCCCAUCACGGCUCCCCAUGGCCUAGAGCCUCUCUUCACCAAGGAUCCAGGAAGGAUUUAUAAAACAGCACCACAUAGCAAUGCAGUUAUCACGAUGGUCUAUUUUGGUAAAAAUGUGCACGUAUCUUACGACGACAUAGACUUCCGAGAUGAAAUCAAGAUUUAUCAACAGCACUGUGGAGGAGAGAACCUUUGUGUCUACAAAGGGAAACUGCUUGAGAAAGACACCUUUCAGUUUAUCUCCAAGCGUCACCACGGCUACCCCUUCAGCCUCACCUUCUAUCUGAAUGGGAUUCAGGUGAACAGGAUCAGCUCCUGCUGUGAGUUCAAGCACCGCAGGAGCUCCCGCUUGGGAGGCAAGAGAGGCUACUUCGGGUUUGUGUGUGUGGAGAAGGCAUCUCCUUGCUACAGGUGCAUUAUUGCAAUGGGCCUUGACAGAAAACCAUCUUCAAUGAAACCUAAGAAGGAAAAGAUUGCUGAGAAAAAGGAGGAGUCACUGAAGAAGAAUCAGGGGAAACUGAGGAAGGACAGAGAGAAUGCACCAUCGAAAAGGAACGAGAUGGAGAGGAAAGAGUCCUCUGUCUCAGCCGCAUUUUCAGCUGAGGAAAUAAAAUUAGGGGUCAAAGAAGUGAGGACGGCUAUAGAGGAAAUGGAAUGGAAGGGCAGGAUAGGACACGGCGUCUGGGAAGAGGACCAGGACAACGCUGUUAAAUACGACUACGAAGAAGAUUUUGAAAUAGAUGAGUUAAAACAAGAUGAGAAGGAGGACGGAGAGGACCAGGAUGAUGACCAGAUGAGUAGAGGAACCAAGUCACCCACCGAAGGUGAAAAAGAUAAUGUAAACCCCGAAAAGGAGCUUGAAACCUCUUCAGAGAAGGCACUAGAUGCCCAUGACAGUGAGAACUUCGAGGAUACUGGAUGCUCAGACAGCGAAGAGGAUGACAGACAAGAUUUGAAAACCACGUCAUCAAUCUCAUCUAGAAGUCACCCCUACUCUAGUGAGAGUGAAGAUGAGUCUACGGAGGUGGGUGGGGAAGCUGACUCCAUAAACAGCGAAGGCGAAAGUUCCAAAAGUUCCUCUUCCCAGGAUCUGCAGGAAAACAAUGAUCCAGGAAAAUUACACUUACCAGCUGAGGAGUACUUGGGAACUGAGAUCGAAGAGCAAGAAAUCACAAAACUAGAUGGGGAGAAUGGCCCUUGGUUGACGGAGCUCAGCGGUACACAUGUUACCGAGGGAAAACCAACUAAGGGAACCCAGGCUUUAUUGGAGAGUGAACCCAAGGAGCCCAGGCAGGUUGCUUCUUCAGAGGUGAGGGCUAAGAGUGAGCUCCUGAAGGAAGCAGACCUCCCUUGGGUAGAAGAGGUCGGACAGAUAACAGGUGAAGCCCAGGAACCUGGUCACUGCCGCUCUAACACUUCACCUGGACCUAGUCCCACAGAUGAUGGGGUGACACCCAUGAGGAAACCAGAGGUCAACCUGGACAGAGUGGUAGAGGAAAAAGCAGUCCUCAGCUCAAAUGAGCUACCCAUGCAAGCUGCACAAGCGAUGCUCACACUGAAGGAAGGAGCCAUGGAGGAAGAUGAACCUUCCCAGUCUGAGGAUACUGAUGCCUCUGUGGGACUGAGGGAGAAAGCCGAGAUGGGGGAAGAUGGUACCUGCCGUCCCCAGGAUGCUGAUAUGGAUGGGGGACUGAGGGAGAAAGCCUCAAUGGAGGAAGAUGGUACCUGCUAUCCCCAGGAUGCUGACACGGAUGUGGGACUGAGGGAGAAAGCCGAGAUGGGGGAAGAUGGUACCUGCCAUCCCCAGGAUGCUGAUAUGGAUGGGGGACUGAGGGAGAAAGCAGAGAUGGAGGAAGAUGGUACCUGCUAUCCCCAGGAUGCUGACACGGAUGGGGGACUGAGGGAGAAAGCAGAGAUGGAGGAGGAUGGUACCUGCUAUCCCCAGGAUGCUGACACGGAUGUGGGACUGAGGGAGAAAGCCUUGAUGGGGGAAGAUGGUACCUGCUAUCCCCAGGGUGCUGACAUGGAUGGGGGACUGAGGGAGAAAGCCGAGAUGGGGGAAGAUGGUACCUGCCAUCCCCAGGAUGUUGACAUGGAUGGGGGACUGAGGGAGAAAGCAGGGAUUUCAAAGGUUCCUUUAGGGGAGAGGAGCCCUACAGGAGAGCAGCAGGCAUCAGCAGAAGAGGUCACAGAGACAGGGCAGUGCCCCCUGCGCAUAGCUAGUGAGGUGGAGGCAGGCACGGAAGGGAGUAGAAGGCAUGGGGAGGAACAGUUGAUCUCCAUAGAAAAGGUAGCAGCAGGAGCCUCUGUGUUUCUAAGUGUAGAGCAGGGAGUGGACAGACAGAGGGAUGAGGACCGGGACAGGCAGGCCUCGCUGCAGACAGGGAUGGAGAAAGGAAGAACAGUUUCUCAAGGGGAGCAAGAAUUGGAGAAGGCAGCCUUUACAGACAGCACAGGGCUUAGCUCAGAGACUCUCGGGGAAGCAGCCAUUCUGAAGGAAGCAGGGACUUCUGAAGUAAAGGAGGCAGAGAGGGAGAUGGGCUCCCCCAAACCAGAUGGAGACCACGGUAAAGAAGGAGCUCUUGCAGAGCGGGAAAUCAUGGGGCCUGUGGAGGACACAGGGCCAGAGAGAGAGGACGGUUCUGAAGAGGCAGCACUUGGGGGGGAGAGAGCAGCCAGAGGGCGGAAGGAAUUUCUGGAAGCAGAAACUCCCUUCAGCUCCUCAACAGGAGAGCCUCAAGCAAGCCCCUGGGAGGAUUUCCCAGGCAACCAUGAGGAACUCUGUAAGGAAGAUACAGUAAGGGAGGGAAUCAUCGCUGACACAGAAUCCACCGAGGAACGGGAUCUGAGAACAAUGUUCCCUGGGGAAUUAGCUGCGGCUGGAGGCAUGGAGAAAGCUGAGAGGCCCACACCACCUCUGGGGGAAACUGGAUCUGACAGAGAAGAGGAGACAGGGGCUGAGGUGCUGAAGACAGAAGACCUGUUAGAGCACAAAGUCAAAGGGGAAGAGGAGGGCACAGUGAGGGAAGUGGGUUUUGAGGAAGAGGCCUGUGCAUCCCCUCAUGAGACGGAGGCUGAUACUGAGAAUGCAGAACCCACAGGGGCAACUGAGUCGGGGGAGGUUACAAAGCUUCUGGAAGAGCUACCCGAAGAAAGAACCAUUACCUUGUUUGAAGCAACACCUCAGUUUGAGAAAUCACCGAAAGAGAGUGCAGCCACAGACACAGAACAUCAAGGAGGAGAAGAGUUGCCAGGCCAGGAGAGCGAGGCUCCGUGGCAUCAGGAGAGGGGGCUCAGUCAUGAUGGAGAGGGGCUGUUAGGAGCUCCUGGACCUCAGCCAGCAGACAAAGCACAGGGACCAGAGGGUAUUUUCACAGCCAGAGGUGAAGAGUGGGCUGCCGAGGAGCCGGACAGCCACGUGGAACCGGAGAGACUGGAGGAAAACGGGCCUUUGCAAGUACAAGGAGGGGACAUUAUGAGAAGGACCCAGGGAAAUCUUCCCGAGGAAAGGCUCACCAAGGCAGUGGUCUGUAGAGAAGCCGAGGUUGAGAAACCUCAGGGGGAAGGGGAAGGGGACAGGGAUAAAGAGUGCUCUCCAGGGACAGAGACUGACGGCCUGAUAGUGCAGAAUUGGAUCACGGGAGGAAGCACAGUCGAGGCUCAGGAGGAUCCACAAGAAGGAGAAAUCGAAGACUCUGCAGAGCGGAGAGAGGUGUCGGAGGAAUCGAAGUCAGCUGAUGGGAUCCCUAUGGCCUCCUCCUCUGCAGAUGCUCAGAAGGAAACGUGGGACAGAGCAGAUGAGGCUCUAGGAGAAACAGCCGAUGAAGAAAGGACCUUGACUGAAGACAUGACGCCAAGAACAGAGAAGGUAGCAGUGGUGGAGGAAGUGACAUCAGCAGGGGUUAUGGUAGAGACCCAACAGGAACAGGCUCCUGAAGUGCAGGACUCAAGGCUGGGGGAGUAUGGAGAGGGAGGGGAAGCAAAGGCUUCUCAGCACGCAGGUAUGGCUGGGGAGGAAACAGGGGCUACAAGAAAGGAUGAGGAACACCAAACUGGAGCAGCUGGCGAGUUCAGAGGAUCAGUGUCUCAGUCAGAGACAGCUUAGUUAGCAGAGUGUGUUGAAAGGCAGCACCUUCAAGGAAACUGGAUUUUUCUAGAGCCC